AUGGAUUCCAAACCAACCGUUUUAGCUAUUGCUAUAUUUUUCCUCCUGUCCAUCCAAAUCCUUUGUCCAGCUGGUGUCGCAGGGGAGAUCACCGGUGUUUGUUACGGCCGAAACGGCGACAACAUCCCGACGCCGGAAGCUACAGUAGCUUUAUACAAGACCAACAGCAUCGACGCAAUCCGUAUGUACGAGCCAUUCGCCGACAUGCUCGAAGCGCUUCGUGGCUCAGGUCUCUCCGUGGCGUUUGGACCACGAAACCAAGAAAUCCCAGCCCUAGCACAAGACCCAGCCGCCGCAACCAACUUCGUCACCACCUGGAUCACACCUUACAUAAACGACGUCUCCAUCAAAUGGAUCACGAUCGGUAACGAAGUCUUCCCCGGAGAUCUCGCCCCGUUCGUCGCCGCCGCGAUCAGAAACGUAAACGCCGCCCUCACAAAUUCCGGCGUCACAGGAAUCUCCGUAACGACGGUUUUAGCGAUGAACGCGUUGACCAAUUCAUAUCCACCUUCCGCUGCAAUGUUCCUCCCAGAUCUAACCGAGUUCAUGACGGAUGUGUCAUCGAUACUAUCUCAGACGAAUUCGCCUCUCAUGGUGAACGUGUACCCUUACUUCGCAUACGCGUCAGAUCCAACCGACAUCUCACUCGAUUAAGCGACCUUUAGUUCCCAAACGCCUAUAGUGAUCGACGGUGAUUUCCAGUAUAGCAACAUGUUCGAUGCGAUGGUUGACGGAUUCAAUUCUGCCUUGGAGAAGAUCAACGCUGGAAACGUGGUGGUGAUGGUUGGGGAAACUGGGUGGCCGACGGAUGGAUACCAACCUUACACGAGCGUUGAUAAUGCCAAGGCCUACAACAUGGGGAUUCGGACAUGCGGGGGAUCUUCGCGGAAGCCGACGCCUCGCCGUCCGUACACGCCGGUGGACGUGUUUUUGUUUGAGAUGUUCAAGGAGGAUCUGAAGGAUGGUCCCGUGGAGCAGAGCUUCGGAAUCUUUGCACCUGAUAUGACUCCUGUCUACGACGUCUUUUGUCCUUAA